AUGGCAGUCCCUUGUUCUCUUGUGUCCCUCUGGACCUCUCCCUUUCCUCCCCAGAGCGUGCUGGUUGAGCCGACGUCGGGCAACACGGGCAUCGGCUUGGCGUUCAUAGCAGCGGCGAGGGGCUACAAGCUCGUCCUCACCAUGCCCGCCUCCAUGAGCCUCGAGCGCCGCGUGCUGCUCAAGGCCUUCGGGGCCGACCUCGUUCUCACGGACCCUGCCAAGGGUAUGAAGGGCGCUGUGGCCAAGGCGGAGGAGAUUGUGAAGGGCACCAAGAACGCCUACAUGCUGCAGCAGUUUGAAAACCCCGCCAAUCCCAAGCUUUGGAAGGCGUUUGGGGCGGACCCGGUGCUCGCAGACCUGUUGGGGACCCGGUGCUCCGGGACCUGA